AUGUCCCCUCAUCGAAACGAUCCCUUUUCCGAUCAACCCAACCCAGAUCUUGGUCGCUAUCAUUUGUCCGAUAACGAUGACAGCUUCACCGGACAACCUCCUGUUGACAAUCACCAUUAUGCAAACUUCAUUCCAUCUCAGAGUCAUUCUCACUCCGGCGAAUCUGAGUACGAGUUAUCAACUCCGACGGGACGAUAUGAGGCCCCGAUUACCUUCGGCGAUCAAGAAGAUGAGGAAGGCAUCCCGCUCAAGGAGGCCCCCUUCGAUUCACACCUAGGUGGAUUCCGUCCAGAAGCUGGCGGAUUAGCAUCUGAUCCUUCCAAGCCUGACUUCGAUCCAGUCGCCAACUUCGGCUUCCCGGUUCCCAACUUUUCAGGAAGCAGCCAAGAAAACACAUUCAGUUCAGCCUCCAACACUAAUCUCUACCGCUCUCAAACUACCACCGAAGCUUGGGGUAAGCGUCAGAGGAUUGAUCCCAAACGGGCCAAGACAAUCAAAGUAAAACUUCAGCAUGGCAAUUUCGUCAACGAAUAUCCGGUUCCUACUGCCGUCAAGACUGCCAACCUGGCUGGCGGUUACAAAGGCGAAUCAACUGAAUUUUCGCACAUGCGUUAUUCUGCGGUGACUUGUGACCCGGACGAUUUCACCAGAGAGGCGGGUUGGACACUCCGUACCGAAAAUUACGGCCGAAGAACCGAAUUGCUUGUAGCUAUCACUUAUUACAACGAAGAUAAAAUCUUGGUAGCUCGUACCUUGCAUGGUGUUAUGUUGAACCUACGUGACAUGUGCAAAGCAAAAUGGAGUGAAUUCCGACACAUGGCAAACAAGUCAGAAACUGCCACGGAAGCCUGGAAGAUGAUUUCUGUGGUUCUGGUUUUCGACGGUAUUGAACCUGCCGAUAAAGCGACGCUUGAUGUGUUGGCGACAAUCGGGCUAUAUCAGGAUGGAAUUAUGAAGCGUCAAGUUGAUGGGAAGGAAACUCAAGCUCAUGUUUUCGAGUAUACCACUCUUUUGUCCGUUUCCCCAAAACCUGAGCUGAUACAGCCCCAUGCAAACGAUCCUGCCAACCUAGUGCCCGUCCAAAUGACGCUGGUUUUGAAGCAAAAGAACGCGAAGAAGAUUAACUCACACAGAUGGCUCUUUAAUGCCGUCGCAGCGCACCUUGAGCCAGAGGUUUGCAUUCUCAUCGACGCAGGGACUAAACCUGGCACCCGCUCACUGUAUUAUCUAUGGGAAGCCUUCCAUCACAAUCCGCACAUGGGAGGGGCUUGCGGAGAAAUUCAUGCUAUGUUGUCACGAGGAAAAAAGCUGAUUAAUCCACUGGUGGCGGCUCAAAACUUUGAAUAUAAGAUGUCUAAUAUUCUCGACAAGCCUUUGGAAUCGUCAUUUGGCUAUGUCUCGGUCCUUCCUGGCGCGUUUUCUGCAUAUCGUUACCGCGCUAUCCUCGGUCGUCCACUUCAACAGUACUUUCACGGUGAUCACUCUUUGUCCGAACGCCUAGGCAAGAAAGGAAUUCAAGGCAUGGGGAUCUUCAAAAAGAAUAUGUUUCUGGCCGAGGAUCGAAUUCUGUGCUUUGAGCUAGUUGCUAAAGCAAAAUCGAGAUGGGUAUUGGGCUACGUCAAGCCCGCAAAGGGUGAAACGGAUGUGCCUGAACAAGCUGCUGAGCUUAUCGGACAAAGAAGACGAUGGUUGAACGGGUCAUUCGCUGCCGGUAUAUAUUCACUUGCGCAUUUCAGUCGCAUGUACAGCUCUAGCCAUGGUAUUGUUAGGAUGUUCUUCUUACAUGUUCAAGCGUUUUACACCACGGCAGGGCUCAUCAUGAGUUGGUUCGCUCUGGGCAACUGGUUUACAACUUUUUCUGCAAUCAUCGAUAUCAUUGCGGAGAAUUGGCGGGACCCAUUUUUGGCCGCUGGCAUAUCCAAUUACACGCUAACUCCGCCACCAUCACCCCCGAACUCGUCCGAGGGAGCUCAAGCCUUAGUAGCUUGGAAGAUAAAAGAAUGCUGGUCCGGGACAGUGUUUGACAACACCGAGCAUUUAAAAGAUAACUCCGUACCAUCAAAACAUGACUACUUGGGGGUUGCCAAUUGGAUCCUUAAGAUCAUAUAUGUGAUAUUGGCCUUGGGUAAUCGGCCCAAAGGCGAAAAAGCCGCUUACCUCGUCUCAUUUAUUAUAUUCGGGAUCUUUGCUGCAUAUUUACUUUCAAUGACCUUGAUUUUAACCAUUAAAGCGUUCUGCCCUUUGACUGCCCAAAUUGAGGCGGCAUCAGGGGGAGACGUCCUUUUGGUGUUCAUGGGUUCUACUUAUGGUCCGAUUUUUGCUGGUAUCGCGGGUACCUUCGGAAUAUACAUCAUUUCUUCUUUUUUGUACAUGGACCCCUGGCACAUUCUUCACUCCAUGAUUCCUUUCCUCUUGGUUGCUGUCUCCUUCACAAACAUCCUCAACGUUUACGCUUUCUGCAAUUUGCACGAUGUAUCUUGGGGAACAAAAGGAUCGGAUAAAGCGGAAGCUUUGCCCUCUAUUUCGAGUAAGAAGGUCUCCAAAGAGAGUGGCGAGCAAAUUGUGGAAGACAUUCACCGAAAUCAACACGAUUUAGAUGCGCAGUUCCAACAGACAGUCAUAAGGGCCGUUCAACCCUUCAAAGUGUCCGAAGAACCUGAAGUACCAACAGAAGAUGACCAAAACAAAACAUUCCGUACCCGGUUUAUUUCUGUUUGGUUAAUAAUGAAUUUCAUUUUGGCAAUCGCAAUGUUGAGGCUCAGUAGCACCAACAGAACUAAAUAUUUCCAGGCUCUCUUAUGGUCUAAUUUCGGGUUCGCAUUUGUCAAGUUUUGCGGUUUUAUUUAUUACAUGUUUGGAGCAUCAUUCUUCAGACUCGCAAGGCUUUGCGCCCGUGCUCGUCGAUGA